AUGGUGGCAAGUCUUUCGUUGGUCAGUUGUUGUAUUGAAGAGCGGAUUCUAGGUGAGUUUAAGCCGAAAGCUUUGUGUAUUGGUGUUGGAGGAGGGGCUUUGCUUGGUUUUUUAAGAGCCCAAUUGGGUUUUGAGGUUGUUGGCAUCAAGGCUGACAAGGAGGUUUUGCGGGUUGCAAGGAGUUAUUUUGGUUUGUUAGGUAAUGAGUCUAUUCGGGUACUUUUUGGCGAUGCAAUAGAUGUUAUAGAGAAAUUUAUAUAUCAUUCAAACGGUGUUCAUGAGGGAGAGAAUGGUAGUUACUUGAAUGAUGGCAGUGGUGAAAAUAUCAAAUUUGAUGCCAUUAAGGUUGAUUUGGAUUCUAGUGAUGCUACAAAUGGUACAAGUGCUCCACCAUUGGAAUUUAUUAGAAAGCAAGUUCUUUUGGCUGCAAAGUUGGUCCUAUGUGAUUUUGGCAUUCACGCUAUAAAUGUCAUUUCUCCAAAUAGAUCAUUCUACGAGAAAUUGAUAUAUGAAUUUUGUGAAGUUUUUCAUGAGCUAUAUGAAAUAGAUGUAGGAAAUGGAGAGAAUUUUGUUUUAGUUGCCACAAUGUGA